AUGGCAACGUUAUUACAGUGUUAACAGUGUUUGUGUGCAUAUCUCUAAUGAAGUGAAAAAUGGCUCGUACUAAGCAAACUGCCCGUAAAUCGACCGGUGGAAAGGCUCCCCUUAAACAACUAGCCACCAAAGCUGCCCGUAAGAGUGCCCCAGCCACCGGCGGUGUUAAGAAGCCUCAUCGUUUCCGUCCUGCCUACACCGAAGCCUACUUGGUUGGUCUUUUCGAAGAUACUAACUUGUGCGCCAUCCAUGCUAAGCGUGUCGCCAUCAUGCCUAAGGAUAUCCAAUUGGCCAGACCUAUUCGUGGAGAACGUGCUUAA